GACUGCUGAGUGGAACCUUUCGUCCUAUCGCUUCUUAUAACAGGGGGAUAAGAGGCGAAGGCAGUUAAUCAAAAUGUCUGAGGAAAUGGCGGAUGGCGGGAGGAAGCUUGUAACACUCGACGACCUCAUCGAUGCCCUGGAUAAGCGCGAGAGAGCACUGAGCAAUGUCCCGAAGGUUGAUACUUUCCACUUCAAGAGGGAACGGGUGUCCGACUGGCUGGACCUGACGGAGCAAGCACUGGUGGGGUUGUCGGACGAGAUUAAGCUCCAACGAGUCCUAAGAUAUGUCCUUCAUAGCCACCAUCAGGAAGUGGGCAAGGUCGUGGAUGCCGCCAAUGGUAGUUGGGCGAGGUUCAGGGACAUGAUGCAGAGAAAGUACAGGUUGGGGGAUGGCUUGCUAACCAUGGCGGAUUUGGAGGCCAUGAACAAGGAUGAUUUCUCCACGAUUGGGGCGUUUAUGCAUGAGUUUAAAAGGAAGGCGCGGAAGGUGCACGGGAUCUCCGAAGAAACGCAGUGUGCCAUAUUCUUGGGUCUGCUUACUGGCUCGGAGGCCUCGGAGCUGACGGGUCACGGAGGGGGAAGUGAGAAACUCACUUGGGCCACUAUCGACAAAGGGGUGGAAGAGGGGAGCCUGGACCAGGUGGAGCAGCACCAGGUGCGACUGCAAAGGCGCAAGAGAAAGGAAAGAGACGCCACCGCGUCCGGGACCCCAAGGGUGAAGAGGAUCGUCACGGACGUAUUGGCAGCGCUGGGGUAUGAUAAUGAGGCGGAAGUGCAAAAGAGGGGAGUGACCGUGGCCCAAGGCCGGGCGUCRGGGGCAGUGGAAGAGGAGGCUAGGCGCGAGGACUAUGGCGGAGAAGAGACGGGCUCCCAGAUCCUAACCAAGGCCCAGAGGAAGCAGCGGAAUUUACAAGUGGGGGGUCAAGGAUCCGGAAAAGGGCAGGUCCCGCAAGCAAUUGCUGCGCCGCCGCCUGCUGCCACGACAAUGUCAGCGACGGCCGGGCCGUCAUGCCACACUGUGCGGUUCUGUGAGCGGUGGCGGGAGGAUGAGUUGUCAGGGUUAAUCUCCUCCUGUAUGGACGGGGAUAUAUAUGACAAGUGGGGUGAGCAUAUCGACCCCAGGACCCCGGAAGGAAUCAGGCAAGAGGCUCUCCGGCGAGCAGCAGCGGGACCCACAGCACCCCCGGCAAUGUUUAGGAUAUGGCAGGAGAAGGAAGGGCCGACUGUAAGAGUCGAGGAGAUUGUAGGGGAUAGUGAGGGGGUCACUCAACGACUAAAGGCGGGGACUUUAAGGGAGGAGCCAAUAGUCGUCGAAUCGGAUGACGAGGGGCAAGAAGGUGAAGGAGAGCCGGCCAUAAUCCUCCUGGGGAGGAUGGAAGAUCUGCUGGAAAAGGUGGGAAGGAACCAGAAGUGCACUGGGAUGGUGGACACGGGCGCAAAAAUGAAUAUCAUUAGGGAGAAGGAGGCGGUGAUGAUAGGCAUGGAGAGUGACUGCUCGGACCAUGGCAUGCUACAUGGCGCUAACUGCAAGGCCGCCUUUUGCGGCACAGCGUCAAAUGUGAUUAUAGAGAUUGGGAAGGUGCGAGCCAGAACUUGCUUUUUCGUUAUGCCCGAUGUCGAUCACCCCAUCCUCCUGGGGAGGUCGUUCUUGUGUCGGACGAAAAUGUUGAUCUUCAACAAGCACAACGGAACAAUGGUCCUGCUCCUGUGCGACCCGACGUGUGGGAAUUAUGAAGUUAUCGCCUGCCGGAACACGGGGCCGGGGAGCGGGAGGAAUAGGCCUAAUCUAGGCUCGUUCACCUGUGAGGAAUCAGAGAACGAGCGGAGACGGCUUUGGGAAGUGCCCGAGGAGGAAGAUAGGACUGAGGUGCUGACAUUGAGCCUCACAGAUGUGAAUAAGGCCAUGGAGGUGAUAUCAACUCACGACAUGGCGGAUCCGGAGGCCAUUAAGGCUUUGAGGGAACAGGUUUUGGAGAACCCUCAGCACCGCGCGUAUGCAUUCAACGACGACGAGCGUGGGAGGCUGGAUGUGGACAAGGUCUCGAUGAUCAGGAUCCACACGGUCCCACACGAGCCAUGGAAUCUAAGGGGCGCGUGGUACCCCAAUCCGGAUGAGGAAAAGAUGGUGGUGGACUACCUGGACGGCAAGAUGCGGACGCACGUGGCCGACUAUUCCAAUGGGCCGUACGCGUCGCCUUGGUUUUGUUUUAUUAAACCGAAUGAGACGCUAAGGAGGCUCAUCUUGAGAGUGGACCCUACUGCACUGGCAUGUUCCCUGAAGAAUUAUACUCCAUCUGACCCAACCGUCGCAAGAUGGUUGACCUACAUUUGGAUGUUUAAUUUCGAGCUGGAAAGGAUCUCAGGGAACAAGAACAGGGCAGAUGGGUUAAGCCGCAUCAACUGGGACGGAUCGGACGAAGAAUCGAUAGAAGACACACCGCCAGUUGAUGGGUUUUUGGACCAAGAGGAGGACGUCCGCCUGCACAUAAACGAAUGGUCCCUGCGAGUGCCCAGUUGUGUCAGCCACCCCAUAUGGCUGGCACCAAAGGGGUACGAGCAGAAGGGAGAGUUAGUCCUCAAGCCCUUUCAGGAGGAGGAUCCGUGGGGAAGUAAGGAUGUUGGUUGGAUGAUGAAGUUGKCGUUGGCAGGUACGCAUAGUCUGGUGGAGGAAGUAAGGACAAUGGAGGAGGGCCUCACUCAGGUAGAGGAGCAUGAGCAGCUAAUGGGAGGGAUGUACCUGCUCACCAAUACACUCCUGCAAGGAGACUUCGACCGAAAGGGCUCAUUUAGUCACGAGGAGAAUGAGAUUCUGGUUCCUGAAAGCCGGGACGACGAAUUCGAGGGAGGAGAAAUCAAGGAGGCGUUUCGGGCGGAGGAGUACGAUGGGAUCUACCGGGAAUUGGGGUUUCUCCUAUCAUGUGAGAUGAGGGAUAGAGAUGUGAGUGCCAACGCACAGAAGAUGAGGCACCUCUAUGUGGUAAGAGACGGCCACUUGUUUAUAAAGUGGCAGGUCGGGAACCCCAAGAGGAUUGUAUGUGGGAGAAACCGGCAAAUUGAUAUCAUAGCGGCCUUACACAAUGGUAUAGCAGGGGGGCACAGAGGAGUGGGUGCCACAUGCGCGAAAAUAAGCGAGCUCUACCAUUGGGACGGGAUGUUGACGAUGGUUAUCAAAUACUGUCGGUCCUGUAUACCUUGCCAAGAGAGGUCAGCGCAAAGGCCUGGAGAACCCCUACACCCAAGGUUAGAAAGGGAAGUGGGUGCGGUCGUACACCUGGACCUGUUAUUCAUGCCAGCAGGGGAGAAUGGGUGUAACUACAUCUUCGAUGCACGGGAUAACCUUACUGGAUUUGUGGACGGACGAGCUAUCCGGACGAAGACUGACCCGGUUUUGGCGAACUGGAUCGAGGAGUAUUACCUGCGAUACCCUUUUGUCAGGGAGUUCGUGAUGGAUCGAGGAUCAGAGUUUACCUGCAAUGAGGUGAGGACAUUGCUUGUAGGGUACGGCGUAGUGGACAACUAUACUACGGCCGCACACCCUCAAGUGAACGUUCCUGUGAAGAGGGGCCACAGUACCAUCACGAAUCUCCUGGCUAAGUGGACAGAGGGCAAACCUGGUCAGUGGCCGAAGUUCCUACGGGCAGCGUUCUUCAUGGAGAAUGAUACUGUAAAGAGGACUACCAAGUACACGCCAACCACGCUAUGGUACGGGAGUCAUGCCACCUUUCCCAUAGAAAGCUUUAUGAAGACGUGGAGGCGCCAGGACUUGGAGGUAAACCUGUCUUUCGAAGAACUGCUCGAUAUUCGUGCACGGCAAGUGGGGGCGGCCGAAGAAAGAUUGCGAGAAGCCGCUGGUCAGGUGGAGAGGAGUCGUAUGCAAGAUAAGAUGAGGUGGGACCAGAUGGCACGAGUAAGAAAGGAGUCAUUGGCAGUAGGGGAUGUCGUAUUAUUAUACGACUCCUCUUUGGAAAAGCAAUGGUCGAGGAAGCUUGACAAGAGAUGGUUGGACCCCUAUAGAAUAUUGCGAUGCGGCGAAUUUGGGGCCUAUCAGAUCGAGGAGCUGGACGGGACAGGUUGGCAGGAUCGAGUAUCAGGAACCAGACUGAAGAAGUUCGUGGCCAGGGAACAAGUAAAGAAUUCUACCUUUCUCAGAGUAGACUGGUCCUUGAGGUAUCGCAUGUUAUGGUCAGGACAGGAUGUGGAGGCAAGGAUUCAGAUGCUGAGGGCUUCGCCGAUGGGACCGGAUGGAUUGCCUAUUCGAUUGGAGGAAGGCAAUGCGGAGGAGUUCAUUCCGGCCUAUGAGCAGUAUAUGCGCGACCAGGGGACUGGGCAGGAGGAGUGGAUGCAGAUGCUGCCCCUCUGGACACGGAGGGCGGAGAGGUCGUUGGCGAGGCAGAUCCGGGACAGGACACACGACUGGGAGGACUGCCAGGCCCAGUUCAGACAGGCAUUUCGACGACUGGAGCCCGAGAGGUCGGAGCCCAGGGUGGAGAGACGACAAAGGAGUAAGAGGCCGCAGGGCCCAGAGGCGAGAGGGACCACUACGCCCAGAGGAGGCCGAAAGGCCUUGGCACAGCGAGAGGGGCCAGCAGAGGGCCAGUUCAGGCCGCGGGCCGGCACAGCGAGAGGGGCCAGCAGAGGGCCAGUUCAGGCCGCGGGGCCAGCUCAGGCGGCGGAGCUACCCCCUACCUAUGGGCUCGAGCAGGUGGAGUUUCGUCGAAUCACGGGCAGUGAUCUACGGGGUCCGUCGCCAACGUUACCAGAGGGGGGAGGGGCGGUGCCGUUGAGGACGCCGUUCGACAGGUUGGAGGCUCAUCUCGAUGCGUCCCAGUGGGGGGCGUCACAGAUGGGAGCGGACCAGAGCGGACCGGCACGGUAUGAGCCAGUGGAGGAUGAGCCAGAGGAGGAGCCACCUGAGCCGGGGCCUGAGGCGGGUGAGGAGAUGUUGGGGCCCCCACCGGAAGCUACUACGCCACCCCCGACGCAGGAGGAGCCAGAGGGGGGCGAGAGGGCGAGGACACCUACUACUGUGGCGCCGCAACUAACUGAGUUUACAGGUGCACGCAUGGAUGUGGAGGUGCCGACAUCCGGGGAGCCUCCGCCAGGGCCGCCACCCGCAGAGGAGGGGACAAGUGAGGGAGAUAUAUUGCGAGAGGGUCACGAGGCAAGGACACGGAGGCCACCGGGGGAGACGAAAGAAGAGAAGCGCGCAAGGGUGCAGGUACGCCUCGAAGAGCUAUACCAGGAAAAGCUUAGGAUGGAGGCCGCAGGAGAAGCGCCAAAGCCGCCAAUUGACCCUCCGACGAGCGAGCAGAGGAUUAGUGAGGCUUGGGCCAGCUAUGAGAGCGAGAGGGAUGCGKCUCGCCUGAGGUCGCGAGAGGUAGGACAGGGGAGUGCAAGAUUGGACGAGGCACGAGAGACAGAAGACAUGGGAUUUUCAGCCGCUAGGAUGGAGAUGGAGCGUACAGACAGGAGGAUAGGUGAGGUGGCAAUCUCGUCCUUCCAGCAGUACUCCAUGCUCAGCGAUGAGUUGGCGGCCUCGAGGUUAAAGGGGAAGAAGRUACAGGGGCUCUUUGGCCAGRAAGGAACGACGGAGAYGCCACAGCAAGAGGGAAUGGGGAAGGUAUUCCUGGACCSAGCAGAGGCGGCAGCGAGGCGGGAGKCCAAGGAGAGGAGGUUCARCUUCAGGACUCCCRCGRAKUUGGCCUCGYAGCAGGCCACCCCUAUAACGAUUGAGAUCCCUGAGGGCGAGCCAGCGCAGGGACCCCAACCUCCWGUGGAGGAAGGGGGCCMCACARAGGAGUCCCCUACGAUCCUUUUGGAGGUGCAGGSGRGUGYCCUUACGGGARUAGCAGCAUCCACUGAGCCGGAGGCAAUGGGGGGAGAGGCGUCUCGACUGGAUGAGUUAGUGGCAGCUAUGGAGUUGGACAUGCCGUCAGGAGAGCAUCAGAGACAGAAGACCCCAGAGCGUGUGACAGAGAUAGGGGAGCUGAGGACGCAGUUAGGCUCUUGGGCUACUGGAGCUGACUCAGGAGAGCACAUCUCAGAGCAGCAGCAGGAAGUUAUGAGCGAGCCAGCGACUGUCGUGACUCCCCAACCCUCUGACCGGCAUAGGGACGAGGAGGCGGUUGCGAUGGGAGGAGUCCGCGAGGGUAGGCCACUGAGAUUGGACACUCCAGCGUACCGGCCCGAGGGAGGUGAGGCGCUAGCAGGGCCGAGUACCCAGAUGAUGGAGGCGGGGCCGGCAGAGUCAUGGAGUAUGCCCCAGAGCCAUGAGAUGAGCAGGGAAACUAGCGAGACACCGCCGUUGCCUGGGUCCCGGAAGAAGAAGAGGAGGUGUCGAGGGAGAUGAGACGAUCAGUGCUUCUUCUGCAAGGACGRYGUACAUAGAGYUYUUGARURCCAGAAGUUCCUUAAGGAYAAGGCGGCUGGGAGAGU